GAGUGGCUUAUCCUAUCCAGAGACUAAACAAAUUUGGUAGAAGAAAUCAAAUAUUUUCCCCUUUAAAAGCUCUGUGAAUCAGUGAAUAAAGUAAUUUUAUGUCGUCAUUUGUUACCGUAUUUGCAAAUUUUAAAAGUUUUGAAACCGAUAAAUCAAGCAGGCAUGAUUCAUGAAAGUUGCAGAUCCAGGUACGCCGAAAAUGUUUAUAAAUCGUGUUGUACCGUUAACUUUGUUACUUUGUGUACUACUUUUUUGUCAUUACAAAAUGGCUUCCUCCGCAGUGCGAAAGCUGCCGCAAUAUCUGAAAGAAAUUCGCAUUCAUUUAUGUCAGCGAUCUCCUUCUAGUCAAGGUGUAAGAGAUUGGGUUGAGAAAUAUUAUGUUGAUCUGAAAAAUCAAAAUCCAUCUUUCCCUAUUCGUGUAAGAGAAUGUAGUGGAAUUCAACCAAAAAUGUAUGCAAGAUAUGACUUUGGUAAGGAGACUUGUGCUGACCUUGGAAAUAUGAAUGGCCAGCAGGUCAAUGAAACCCUCUACAAAUUUGCAGACUCUAAACCAUAAUGAAACUUUGUUGAAGAUAGAACAAUUGUACAGAAAAUGUUUAUAUAGAAAAGACUUUACUGAUGGAUAUCAGGACAAUAGACUUUGUUAAUAACAGAAAUUAAUUGCAGUUAAAUGUGCCAUAAUUAAAUGUGUUUUUUUCACCAAUUUUGGUACCAAUGACGUUCUGUAUUACUUAUUUGCUUGGCGUAUAUUUUUCCUAGGUUUAGUCUAAUUCGCAUCCAAAUUAAACAACAUAAAAAGUUUCUCGAUGUAUAUCAACGCUGGUGGUGCUCUCCGAAAUUGAAUACUAGGAAAAAUCAAUAAUUAGAGGCUUGCGGCAAGUCUACAUCAUACCCAUAUAUGGAUGUAUGUGACAUUGUGACAUUAUGUGGUUUGGUCAUGAUGUUAUGUAGUUUGGUCAUGAUUUAUGCAGUUUGGUCAUGAUGUCAUGACCAAACCACAUAAUGUCGUGACCAUACCACAUAACCUCAUGACGAUUGCACAUAAUAGAGUGUUUGCACAUAACCGAAGAUACUAAUGGCUUUCCAUACAUUGUGACUAUAUUUGAUAUGGCCAUGGGCAUGCAGAAGUUUAUGUUGUACUGCAGUGUUGGCACCAGAGGGAGGCAUGGUGGGCAUUUGACCAUCCGACGCACGACUAGGUCGUCGGAUAAAAAAUUAAUGAAGUUAGUAAUUUGCCUAUCUAAGUAACGUUUUUUAGAGUGCCAAUCAUUAUUAUUGUGGUCUAAAAGCACAUUUUGGACCGUAAGCCAUAAAAACUGUCCUUAUGAACCCUACAAGGGAGUUUUUAUUCUGGGACGUCGACCGAGGCUUCGUCGACCCCCUUGCUUGGACUCCUCAGUCAGACAUGUCAGACCCCUUAUCGGCAAAUUUCUGGUGCCACCGCUGUUGUAGUGUGGAUAUAAGAUUAAACCUUGUCCAGGCUAUCAAGUGACAUCACAUCAUGACCAUAUAUAGCACAUCAUUACUAUAUAUGGGCAUACAACAGUUUUACAUUGCUCUAUUCCAUCAGAAAAAAAUGUGAUCAAACCAGGGAACAGUUUAAUUUAAUAAUUUAACUGUUCCCUGGAUCAAACAUUGUUGCGUUUAUUCCAUCCAACAAAAUUUGAUCAAAAUUUGUUGAGUCUGACAGAUAAACUCUGACAGAUAAACUCUGAUAGUUAUUAGCCAUUUGACUUGCAGCCAGUCAUGUUAAUGCAAUGCAUUGUAAUGCUAUAGACUACAAAACAUACAGUAAACCAAUGCCCAGACCAUCAAAUUAUGUUUGACAAAAGCGACAUACCUAAAUAUGGUCGUCGUCAUUACUGUAUAUAGAUAUAUCAUCAGAUUAUAUAACAGGGAUCUUUCGAUUUGUAUGACAACGCGAAGCUAGAACGGAAUUACUCAUGUGUGACUGGCGUCCUACGUUCUCUGCGUAUGUAGAUUUGGCCAAAUUGCGUUCCAGAAUCUACUCGACGAGGUGACCUUAAUGUUCUCCAAUGCGCAGAUGACUUUUGGUGACGCCAUUACGUUCUACGUCCUACCGUCUUCAUGCUAUCGAAAGCUACCUAAUUAUGGGCAUACAACAUUUUUUUUGUCAAAUAAGAUUUAAUAAUCUGAGAUUGAACAGUUGACAAGACUGCUUUGCAUAUUGAUAAGACUAAACAAAUUUAACAGGUGUUACUUUUCAAUCUGAUUCAACAAAAUCAAAUAAAGUUUGAAUUAAAAAAAA